ACUAUUAUAGAUCUAUUUUUCAACUAAUCGUUUUUCUUAAGGUUUUGCGAUGACAGACUUUAGCUCUGAAUUUCCGCCUCUUGAAGAUUUUCCCACUUCUUCAAAUACAAAUGAAAAUGCAAACUUGGAAUCUGACUUUUUAGCAAGAGAACAAGCUGUCUUAGGAGCCGAUGCGGCCUUAUUCUCAAAUUCAAAUCAUACUAUUACAUCAACAAGUAAUGAGCUUGAAGGCUUCCCGGACAUUACCUCACCGUCAACAAGCAACGUUUUGAGUCCUCCUGUUAGUAACACUUCUAUUGUCAAUUCUGUUUCUGAUUAUUCAGCUUUUCAUUCAGAGUUUCCACCAGUAGAGGUUGAAAGUCAGGCAUUGUACAGUAAUAGCAAUGGAAAGGUUCCGCUUUCAUUGUCAUCAGAUAAUAAUAUAAUCCAUAAUGUUGAAGAGGAAGAUCCGGAAAUUAUCCGACAAUGGAAAGAACGACAAAGAGAGAUUAUCGUCAAGCGCGAUGAAGCAUCUGAAGAAAAAAAACGAGAAACACUGUCUAUUGCGCGCGAUGCAAUUGAUAAAUUCUAUGAAGAAUACAAUGAAAAGAAAGCUCGUACCCAUGAACAAAACAAACAAGAUGAAGAAACGUUUUUGCGCGAACGAGAUGACCUUACUUCUGGCACAGCUUGGGAGCGUAUUUGUAAACAGGUUGAUCUUUCAACAGCACAAAGUAAGACAACCAAUAAGCAUGUUAAGGAUGUGAGUAGAUUCAAAGAGUUGCUUUUGAGCUUGAAAAAAGACGAAAAGGCCCCUGGUGCAGGUGGUUAUUAAAGAAACGAACUUUAUUACUUAAGGAAUAUUUUUGCAAAAUUUUACUACAAAAUAAUAAUUUUUUUAUGAUUAGAAAUUAGUGUUUAGCCAUAAUAAUAAUAUAUAAAAUAAUACGUAUUUGCGGAUUUGUAAAUUUUUUUUUUUUUUUUUUUCUUAAUAUAAAAAUAUGGUGCUA